AUGGAUUGUGCGAUUGACCUCUUGACUAACUCUGGAUCUAGAUAUUUCUGCCGCUGGUAUCGCAUGGGGGUGAUCGGAGCCACUGACCACUUGAUGUUCAUUGCUCUGGUGCUCACUUGGGGCAACACUGUCGUCAACUACUACCAAGAUCAGACAAGCAGCAAGUUUAGAUUCAGCUUCUUCCGCAAGCCGGAUAAAAGACCACAGGCUGUAGUCGCCCUUCGUGGCACCUUGAUUACAUGGUACGUCUACCGUAUGCUGUACGGUGUCGCCCUAUGCUUCGUCAAGCUCUCGAUCCUCUUCUUCUACCGAAACAUCGCCUCACACCGCACCUUUCGCCGCGUUGUCUACGGCCUCAUUGCCUUCGUCAUCGCCUACACAUUCGCAACUACCACGGCCGCUGCCUUCCAGUGCCAGAAUCCGGCCGGAAGCUUCGAUGUCACGGGCUACCUCGCGCAGUUCGACCGAGACCCGAAUACUAAGAAGAAAGACUACAAGUGCUUCGAUCCUACGCGCUUGUGGCUGUUCACUGGCGCGGUCAACCUCUUCACCGACGUUCUAAUCCUACUCUUACCCAUCCCUACGCUUCUAGGCCUGAGAGUGCCCAUGAAUAAACGCCUCGCGCUCGUCAGCAUCUUCUCGGUCGGCAUCAUGGCCAUUGUCGCUAGUUGCGUGCGCAUGUGGGUCAUGGCCCUGUGGGCAGAAUCGCCGCAGAACAGCGCGCGCUUCGGCUGCGACCUUCUCUUGUGGGGCCAGGUCGAGGUCAACAGCGGAAUCGUAUCUGCUUCAGUGCCCUUCCUGCGCCUGUUCUUCCGCGGUCGCGAGCGUGAGCCCGAUGAGAAGCCGAUUGCCAGACGGAAGGUCAGGGAAAUAGCGCCGCCCAACCUGGCACAGGGGGAUGCGAAGCCGCUGAGGAUGCAAAGCAUGGAGUUCUUCGAGCAGGAGAAAAUACGAAAGCGCGAUGAGGAGACGGGCAACGACAGUCGAAGUCCUGACAGCCCUGAAUGGGGAGGCUUCAUUACGGUUCCUGCAAGUUUGAGCAGUGGAAGCCGGGGGAGCGCGAUGUUGGAGACGCCGGUGAAGGCACAUACGACGGUCUGA